AGAAACCACACGGAUUGGGGAAAUAGUUUACUGAGAGAGGACGCCAAAACUUUUAUAACGAAGAAAUUUUAUAUUUUCGGCAGUGUGUUUAGUAUUUGUGAAACAAUGUAGUAGCAAGUCGAGCGGGAAACCACUAAUAAUUAUAAACCGUGUUUCAGUAUUUAAAGAGAAAAGUUCGGCUGUAACAUCACGGUUCCGAUGGCCAAUAAUAAUUUACAGAAAGCCAUUGACUUGGCCAACAAGGCUUCAGAGGAGGACAAGGCCAAAAACUACAAGGAAGCUUUGCGCCUCUAUGAGCAGUCUGUUCAGUACUUUCUACAUGUGGUUAAGUACGAGGCUCAGGGUGAAAAAGCCAAGCAAAGCAUCAGGGCGAAGUGUGCAGACUAUCUGGAUAGGGCUGAGCAGCUUAAGGAAUAUUUGAAAAAGGCGGAAAAGCAGCCGCCUACCAAGCCUGUCAAGGUGUCCAAUGAAAAAGGAAAUGACAGUGAUGAUGGUGAAAAUUCAGAGAAGAAGAAAUUGCAAAAUCAACUUCAAGGUGCCAUUGUCAUGGAAAAGCCAAACAUUAAGUGGAACGAUGUUGCUGGGUUAGAGGCAGCUAAAGAGGCACUGAAAGAAGCAGUUAUUCUACCCAUUAAAUUUCCCCAUCUUUUCACAGGAAAGAGAACUCCAUGGAGAGGAAUCUUGCUUUUUGGCCCUCCAGGUACAGGAAAAUCAUAUCUGGCUAAAGCAGUGGCAACUGAGGCCAACAACUCCACAUUUUUUUCCAUCUCGUCCUCUGAUCUGGUGUCCAAAUGGCUGGGAGAGAGUGAGAAAUUGGUGAAGAAUUUGUUCAGUUUGGCUAGGCAACACAAACCCUCCAUCAUCUUCAUUGAUGAGAUUGAUUCUCUGUGUGGGUCCAGGAGUGAUAAUGAAAGCGAAGCAGCUCGCAGAAUAAAGACUGAGUUCCUGGUCCAAAUGCAAGGUGUUGGAAAUGAUAAUGAGGGAAUUCUUGUGCUUGGAGCAACCAAUAUACCUUGGACUUUGGAUUCAGCCAUCAGAAGAAGGUUUGAGAAGCGUAUUUAUAUCCCACUACCCGAGAAGCAUGCAAGAUCAUUUAUGUUCAAGCUCAACCUCGGUACCACCCCCCAUAGCCUCACGGAUAAUGACUUCAUCACUCUGGGACAGAAGACAGAGCAUUAUUCAGGCGCUGACAUCAGCAUCAUUGUCAGGGACGCUCUCAUGCAGCCUAUCCGCAAAGUGCAAUCGGCCACUCACUUCAAAAAGGUUCGUGGAAAAAUGUGGAACAACCAGGAUGUUAUAGCAGAUGACUUAUUGACCCCGUGCUCUCCAAGUGACCCAAAUGCAAUUAAGAUGACAUGGGUAGAUGUGGAAGCUGAUAAACUGCUGGAGCCUAUAGUCAGCAUGGAGGACAUGCUUAGGUCGCUGGAAAAAAACAAACCCACUGUAAAUGAUGAUGACCUGAAAAAGCUGGUGAAGUUUACUGAGGACUUUGGCCAAGAAGGCUAACUGCACAAUAACCACAAUACACAAACAUCAAGAAACCUUUAAUGUAUUUUACAUUGCAUUUUAUCUUUCUACUCAGUUUUUACUAUUAAGAGUUACUUUAUACUAAAAAAUUUACUAUAAAUCUGUUUGUAAUAGUGAAUGCUGUUUGCGGAAUAUACUGUAAGCUACAUAAUGUAGCUUGUUGAAACAUUUACGCAGUGGUGUUUCUAUUUAUUGUAUCUGAAGGUUACUGUAUGUUGGCAGGAAUAUUAGGCUGUAAAUGGGCACUUGCUAAAGUAUUUUUCUGCAGUAAAGGCUACUGUAUACUGGUCAUGCA